GGCAGCGGCAGAGCCACCAUGGAGCUGGCGAUGGAGAACCUGGGCAGCCUGCACGGCGUCCCGCACUCGCAGCCCGCGGAGCUGCUGAGCCCCGCACACGGGAGGCAGAGCUCGCACCGCAAUCUGGUCCCGCACGGCCGGCCGGCUAUGGUGUCGGGUAUGGCAUCCAUCCUGGAAGGGGGAGAUUACAGAGCCGAGCACAGCCUGACGGCCCCUCUGCACCCGGCCAUGAGCAUGUCCUGCGAAUCGCCGUCCGGGAUGAGCCUGAGCAGCACCUACACCACGCUCACCCCCCUGCAGCACCUGCCGCCCAUCUCCACCGUAUCCGAGAAGUUCCAUCACCCUCACCACCACCAUCACCACCACCACCAUCCGCACCAACGCCUGGCCGGCAACGUGAGCGGCAGCUUCACCCUGAUGAGGGACGAACGCAGCCUCGCUUCCAUGGGCAACCUCUACAGCCACUACCCCAAGGACAUGCCGGCUAUGGGGCAGCCCCUCUCUCCUCUCCCCAACGGGCUGGGCAGCCUGCACAACGCUCAGCAACCUCUGACUCCGUACGGUCCCGGCGGCCACUUGCCCAACGACAAGAUGCUGUCGCCCAACGGCUUCGAUUCUCACGCCGCGAUGCUGUCCCGGGGUGAGGAGCACCUGGCGAGGGGUUUGGGAGCCCCCAGCUCGGCUAUGAUGCCUCCCCUCAACGGGAUGCAUCCUCACGGUCACCCGCAUCCCCAAGCCGGCGGUUCUUUGCUGGCAGAAAGGGAUCGCCAGGCCUCGGCCAGCGGAUCACAAAGCGGAGGAUCGGGGCAGGUUGAGGAAAUCAACACCAAAGAGGUGGCACAAAGGAUCACGGCCGAGCUGAAACGUUACAGCAUCCCGCAGGCGAUCUUCGCUCAGAGGAUCUUGUGCCGUUCGCAGGGAACCCUCUCGGAUCUGCUGAGGAACCCAAAACCGUGGAGUAAGCUUAAAUCGGGUCGGGAGACUUUCCGGAGGAUGUGGAAAUGGUUGCAGGAACCCGAAUUUCAGAGGAUGUCUGCGCUCAGGCUCGCAGCUUGCAAACGCAAAGAGCAAGAGCAGCAGAAAGACAGGAGCCUGCAGCCCAAGAAGCAGCGGCUGGUCUUCACGGACCUCCAGCGCCGCACCCUGAUCGCCAUCUUCAAGGAGAACAAGCGCCCGUCCAAGGAGAUGCAGAUGACCAUCUCACAGCAGCUGGGCUUGGAGCUCAACACCGUCAGCAACUUCUUCAUGAACGCCCGCCGGCGGUGUAUGAACCGCUGGCAGGAGGAGCCAGGCACCAACCCUGGGGUCCCCUCUUCUUCUACAAGCACUUUCUCCAAAGCAUGAUGUCCCUCAGCCCUCUCUGCCCCUUCCUGGACAUCCUCCUCAUGACGAAGCCAACUCAGCCUCGUGCGCAUGCCCCAUUUGGGGUGGGUGCUUUUGGGCACUGCGAGUCCCCCACCCUGAACAAGUGUCGUGUCCUGCUGCCACCUCCAUCCAGCUUGAGGAGCAGGGAUGGAGGUUGCGGCUGGGCCGGCUCCUUCCCAUGGAGGGCUCUGAGGAAACCCCUGUGGAGUGUGGGAUGUGGGGCGGAGGAGAGGGAAAGGAGUUGCUUGGGGAUACCUCACAAAGCUUGUCUUCACCCUCCCUGCCAGAGUUCAGACUUUGGAGAUAGGGGCACUUUGUCCCCUCCUGUUCCCCCCCACAACUUCUGCUUCCACCACAACCACCCUUAUGGCUCCCACAGUUUUGGGAUAAAGAUCGAGGAGGAAACGCAGGAGGUGAAGUUGUGGGGCUGGUCUCUGGUACAACCCCAGCUUUCCAAGGGCGAAAUCCCCAUUAUUCAAAGGGGAGUAAGCAGAGAAAACACUCUCUGGGUGCCUGGAGGUGACCCCAGGUCUCUGCUUGCUGAAGCUUUUUGCUCCCCUGAGGCACAGCAGGUUUUCCCAAAGCAGUCGGACCCUCUUCUCCACCGAAACGCGGGCGCUCCUCUCCCUUGAAGCUGUUGAAAACUCAGCCAAGGGCAGCCCCACAACCUCCCUCCAUGGGCACCUUCCUCACCCCCCCGGAGACCCCCCAGGAGCACCCACCCCACCAGACCCCUCCGCACACCCCGACCCAUCUCUGGGUCCCCCCAAAUGGCUCCAUGCGUCCGAGCAUCCCCAGCGGCACGGCGGCCGCUCCACCUCGCGCCCACGCAGGUCAAGAAGCACAUUUUAGCUACAGAAAUCGGGUAUUUAAAAAUAUGAAUUGUUUGAGAGGAGAUGGGAGGAGAGACUUGGAGCGAAGAAUCGCGUCUGUCCCGGCAACCGGCUUGGGGCCGGGCUGGCUCCAGCAUUCACCAUUGGAUUCCUGGUUCACUUUUGGGUUGAGGAUUGAACUCAGACAAAGCGGUUUUGUUGGCUUUGUGUCUUGCCCCGUCCUCCCCUCCACACGCACUCUUGCCCUUACUUGUCUUCGUCUCUCUUACCAAAGAUAUUGCAAAACCAAAAACCAAACCGAAUCGCUCCCGGGAGGCAGCGGAGAAGGAAAACCCCACGGAUCUGGUUGUGAAAUGCUGCGUGUGUGAGAAGGGGAAAACUCUCUGAUGAGCUCGAAAGGGGAAAAAAAAAUAACCAACCAACCAACCAACCAACAACCAAACCCCAACGGGAUUAACAACAGAAACCACGGCCAAGCAAACUCAACGCAAAGACCGGCAAAUUUACCAAAAGGAAAAACCAAAUGACGAGAGAUUUUUGUUUUUGUUUUUUUUUUUGUGCCAAUUAACAACCUGCCUUAACCGCGCAAUCCUGGAGCAGUGGUACUAGCUUCAAAACGAUCCCUCCGAGCUCUCGAUGGUGACUUGUGCCAUAUGAAAAGCAAUCACGAGGCCAAACCCUUGCAUUCGGCCGUCGCCCCGACCCUGCAGGCUCUGUGCUGUCCUUGGGGACUGAAGGAGCUGCAGGGACUGGGAAGGGCUGAGGGAGGCUUGGGGAUGGAGGGGAAGGCCAGGUCCUCCUUGCCAGCCCCAUCACUUGGGGAGAAAGAAAAAUCCUCCAAAGCCAACCCC